GCUUUUCUACGCAAAUUCUUCAUUAAAUCUACUCCUAUAUAUCUCUUUCUCUCUGCCUCUCCUUUCAAAGAAGCCAUAACUACAUAACAGAAAAAACCAACAUUCCAAUGUCUCCUUCAAAGCUAUCAAAGAAGCUAAAACCUGCUAGAAAGGCAUGGAAGACCUUCACAACCAAAUUCCGAUCCAAACUCCAAAACCUUCACAUCCCAGAAUCCAUCAAAUCUGCCUCCCACCGCCUCUUUGAGUUGUGCUCUUUCUACCUUUUUGCACCCUUCAAAAAACGUUUCCUUGCAAGAUCUUCCUCCCCUUUCCACCGCCGCAACUACCAGCACCUCCACCAGUACUAUCACCAUCAGAACCAGUCUAACAAGAACUUCAAAGCUGUAUACAUAGACAAACUCUAUUCAGAAUCCAUCUCUGUCCAUGCAGGGCAAGGAGCAAGCAGUAGCAGAGGCAAGGCGGUGGCUGACGGUGGUGGUAAGAAGGUUUUACCGGGAAGAAGAGAAGAAGUGGAAGCAGAGAAGGGUUUUUACAAUAUUGAAGAUGCCUGGAGGAAUGUUGUUGCCUCGUCUCCACACCUUAGGGGAGUGGAUGAAAGAGCAGAGGAGUUUAUUCACAAGGUUAAGGAGGAGAUGAAACUUGAAAAGGAGAAAUCUCUUCUUGAAUUCCAGGAAAUGCUGGCAAGAAGUGCAUAAAGUUAAAUCAGUUUUCAUAUUCUUUAGCUUCCAUAUUCAGUUGUUUUUCUAAUGCAGAACAUGGAAGUGAUAAUAUUUGGUUAUGAAGGUGGGGAUUGAAUUAUUAUUAUUAUUAUUAUUAUUUUGCUCUGAACAUAUACAGUAAUCAGGGUGCUUUUUUUUUUCCUAGGUAAUUUGCUAAUGAUCAAUUGUGUGAAAAUUGUGUACUUGAUCUUUUGGUCAUCAAACAAGAAGUUUGAUUGUGAAAAUUUGUACUAGAAAAUAUGGAAAUAGAGUUUGCCACGACUC